CAUCAUCGUCGUCAUGUCGAGUCAGGUUCUUUUUUUGUCUUUGGUUGGGGGUUGACUAUGACGUGUUGAGUAUCGUGACUUCAACAGGGAGUCAGGUACCUUGAUACUGAAGAGUAAGGUGCGAGUAAGGGGACAUGGAAGUUGUCGUUGCGCUUGUGAAGUACUCGUACAAACGACGUAUCAUUUCUAUGAUGUUGAGCAUCCUCGGACACCGCCGCAUGGCUUUGCUGAUGCUACCAGCAUAGUACAAUAAUGUGUAUACAUUGCAGGAGUGGCGACAGAGUAUUGCAUUGUAUUGUCUUGUCCCCAACGACACCUGCAUCUCGUAUUCCGGGUCUCAUAAACCCAGUUCCAGCCAGCCCCGUCCUCCUCACCCAUGUAAUCGAGAAAUCGCAUGAUACCAUUAUGGUCAAGCUCGAUCUGACAGCUAACAAUAACACCACCCAGUAGAGCUUCCGCAUCCCAGCCUCUGAUCGGGAUUGACAAACGAAAAGGAAAAAGUGUGGCGCGUUGCUUUGCAGCGCAACGUC